AGCAAUGUCGGUAGCUUAAUCGAACCAACUCAUAUAAAAUUAUGUCAGAGCUUCAAAUUAUGUCUUUAUUACUGCGGCCAGUAGAUCCUCAGACAUUACGCUCCUUAGGAUCAAAGCUAAAACCUCAAGAUUAUGAGAAUGUAUUAUUAGAACGUAAUUUGGAGAAGUUUUGCGGGUAUCCGUUAUGUCAUAACCCUCCAAGAGAUGAGAAGGCACCUUAUAGGAUUUUGUAUAGUAAACGUAAGAUUUAUGAUCAACGGUCAUUAUUACGCUUUUGUUCUACAGACUGUUUUAAAAGAUCAGCAUUUUUUGCAGCACAAUUAAGUCCAGAGCCAUUUUGGUUAAGAGAUUCCAAUGACAUGAAUAUUUGUCUUUUGGAGGAGUCAUUGGGAUCUGAAGGACCGUCAGUUGAUGGAGAAGGGGUAGAUAUAUCUGUAGAUGCAGUUGACUCGGAUCUGAAUAGAAAUAAUAAGCCUGGUAUAAAAACACCUAUACAUUCCCAUGUUUCAGAAAGAACGCGUUCCUGUGUAUUUGAUAUUGGAAUUUCUAAUACAUCGUUUCCUAUUGUUGAAAGAUCUUUGACAAUGAAGACUAAUGUAGUAGAAAAGUUUCCUGAUUCAGAACAUUAUGAGUGUAUUGAAGGGUUUGUUGCGCCUGCAGGAAAAUGGCAGUCUUGAAUUAUAUGUGUUUUGGAUAUUUAUAGACAUAUUUUUAACAUAUUUA